GCGCCUUCAUUAAGCUGUAAAAUGUAGCAUACUUCGAUUUUUCAACAAAGAAACAGAUUUUUAUAAACACAGAUAAUGGAAUUUAAGAACCUGAGAGUAAAACCGCUCCAUAAAUUUCCUCAAUAUUUGAUUGGAUGCUGCGAUCUCCUGAACGACGAAUGGCCUAGAAGUAGAACGGCAAGAAUGUUGUCCUUGGAAGCAUCCAGUGACAAACUACCUACAAGUCUUAUUUUACUCGACGAAGAGGUUUUGCUGGGGCAUUGCAAGCUCACACCAAUACCCAGUUUACCGAACAGUUGUUUUCUAGAGGCCGUAGUUAUAAAGAAAUCGAUGAGAGGUAAAAAAUUGGGAACACACCUGAUGAGGCAAGUAGAGGAAUACUGCAGAAACGUGUUAAAGCUUGACAUGAUCCACUUGUCGACGAAGGGCCAGGAACAGUUUUACGCCAAAUUGGGCUACGAAGUAUGUCCUCCUAUCUCAAUAUUCGGAUCUAGUAUACCGACCAUUUCGACUGGUACUACAAGUAUUCAGAAAGGAGAUUCAAAACUUGCGGCGCCCUGUAUACCUGGUGGAAAUCCGCCCCCGCCCCCACCGCCACUGCCCAGCCCUGUCCCCACCACUGCCAGUACAUUAAAAACCAGCAAGACGUACAUGUGCCGACAUUUAGUAGGUCCCACCAAGUAAAUCUUACUUAGGAUAUUGCCAUAUCAUACAACAAGCCACUCAGUAUUGCUAAAACAUGUUUGAAGCCAUAUGCUUUCUGUAGAUUGUAAGUAUUUUAUAAGCCACCGCAUUGUGAACUUUUAUGUAAAUCGCAAUAUUAAGCUGACUAGCCAUUGA